CUGCCCACUAUUGUCCGCGACCUCAACUCGGGCGAUUCCUACGUAUGGAUCUCCAACGCAUACAUGCUCACCAUGGCCGCUUUCCAGCCGCUCUACGGUCAAACUGCCAAUAUUUUCGGUCGGCGCAGUUUGACCAUUCUCUCCGUGGUCCUAUUUGCCAUAGGCUCGGCCGUGGCCGGCGCAGCCAAGAACACCGGGGCUCUCAUCGCCGGACGCACGAUCCAAGGCCUCGGUGGAGGCGGCAUCAACGUGCUGAUCGAUAUCAUCGUCUGUGAUCUGGUCCCCUUGCGCCAACGACCCAAGUACAUGGGAAUCAUAUUCUCCCUCUUUGCCGUGUGCAUCUCGCUGGGCCCCGUCAUCGACGGCCUCAUGACCCAACGCGUCACCUGGCGCUGGAUCUUCUACCUCAACCUGCCCAUCUGCGGCGCCGCCCUUCUCCUCCUGAUCCCCUUCCUCCACGUCAACUACAAAAAGGACUCCAUCCGUAACAUGUUCCGCCGCGUCGACCUCCUCGGCAACGCCCUCCUGAUCGCCUCCGUCGUCGCCAUCCUGCUGGCCCUCACCUGGGGCGGCAUUAAACACCCCUGGGCCUCAUGGCGCACCCUCCUGCCCCUGAUACUCGGCAUCCUCGGCCUCGCCGGCUUCCUCGCUCUGGAAUCGUCGACGCUCCUCCCCACCGACGAGCCCACCAUGCCCCUCCGCCUCUUCGCCAACCGCACCUCCCUCGGCUCCUUCGGCCUCACCUUCAUCCACGCCAUGCUCACCUACUGGAUCACCUACUUCCUGCCCGUCUACUUCCAAUCCGUCAAAGAGGCCUCUCCGAUCCGCUCCGGCGUCGACCUCCUCCCCACCGCCGUCUCCGGCAUCCCCUUCGCCAUCCUCGCCGGCAGCGGCCUCUCCCUCCUCAACCGCUACCGCCCCUUCCACUUCGCCGGCUUCGCCCUCCUAAUCCUCUCCUCCGGCCUCUUUACCCUGCUCGACGCAGACUCCUCCACCGCCACAUGGGCCGGCUUCCAGAUCCUCGGCGCAGCCGGCGUCGGCGCCCUCCAGACCACCACCCUGCCGGCUCUUCAGGCUCCCCUCGCAGAGGCCGAUGUCGCCGUCGCAACGGCUACUUGGGCUUUCCUGCGCAGUCUGGGUGGUAUCUGGGGCGUCGCUAUCCCUGCUGCGGUGUUCAAUAGCCAAAUCAACAACUUGAUCCCGUCCCGGCUGCGCGGUGACCCGAGCUUGCAGGCUCGUCUGGCGAAUGGGGGCGCGUAUGAGCUAGCGACUAAGGAGUUCAUGACUUCGUUGAAUGAUAGCCCUCGUGUCAAGACUGCCGUUGUGGGCGUUUAUGUGGAUAGCCUGCGCAUCGUGUGGUAUGUUGGUCUUGCGUUUGCGAUUCUGGGAUUUCUGGUCGCGUUUGUGGUGAAGGAGGUGCCGAUGCGGGAGCAUUUGGAGACGGAGUUUGGGUUGGAUAAGGAGAAGAAGAGGGAGAUUGAAGAGGGGAGUGAUUAG